AUGUCUGAUCUGAAUUGGAAGGAUCUCUUUACCAACCGCGAUCGGCGAGGAUUCCCCGAGGUCGUGGUGCCUCUUGCCAGUGGCUCCGCACCAAAGAAUCAAGAUACGGCAAACAAUGGAUCAAAUUCUAGCCUUGAUAGAGCUUCUUCUCAAGAGAAUGGCACCAGCGGGAUUCACGAUGGCACCACACUGACUUUGGAAGCACUCCGAGCUGAAGUGGAAUCGGAUAUCGCUGCUUCAGGCCACGAUACUGUUUAUGACCGGAAGGCGAAAAUCAUCAAUAGGGCCGUUCAGGACAUUGGUAUGGGCCGGUACCAGUGGGGCCUGUUUGUUCUCUGCGGUAUGGGUUGGAUUGCUGACAACCUCUGGUUGCAGGGUGUUGCCCUUACUCUCACUCCGGUCGCCAUGGAAUUUGGUGUUUCCGAGACAGAUUCGCGAUUUGCAACUUGCUCUCUUUUUGUCGGGUUGAUUAUAGGUGCUUCGUUCUGGGGUAUUGCCUCCGACGCAAUUGGUAGACGCCCAGCUUUCAACAUGACCCUUUGUAUUUGUGGCACGUUUGGUCUUGCCGCCGGUGGUGCGCCCACCUGGAUUGGUACAUGUGCGCUUUAUGCUUGUUUGGGUCUCGGCGUUGGCGGAAACUUGCCUGUUGACGCGGCCGUCUUCUUGGAAUGUCUGCCCCCGAAUUCCAGUAGUAUUCUUAGUGGACUAGCAACAUGGUGGUCCGUUGGCACUCUUAUUGCCAGUAUGCUUGCUUGGGCUUUCAUUCCUAACUUCUCCUGUGAAAGUUACGCCGCGUGCACUAAGGCCAACAACUGGGGCUGGAGAUACCUUGUUCUGUCUCUUGGGGCCAUCACCUUCAUCGGUUUCCUCUGCCGUUUCUUCCUUUUCACUCUGUACGAAUCACCAAAGUUCCUCGUCUCCCGCGGCCGCCAGGACGAGGCUGUCGCUGCUGUUCAAGGGAUCGCCUACAAAAACAAGACCACAACAUGGCUCACAGAGGAUAUUCUUAAUGAAAUUGGGGGAUACCCAGAAGAGAAUAAGAAGCAGGGUUUGUCGACCAGAGAGAUCAUCCAAAGGUCCCUCGAGAGAUUCUCGUAUCAGCAGGUUGCACCACUUUUCAAGAACAAGCGAACUGCAACUUCAACUAUUCUCAUCUGGUUCUGCUGGACGUGUAUCGGAAUGGGCUACACACUGUUCAACGCUUUCCUCCCUCAAUACCUCAGUGCAAACUCCACAACCUACGAGACAUAUCGGAACUACGCCAUCACAGCAGUGUGCGGUAUCCCCGGGCCACUUCUUGGAUGGGUAACUGUCGAUAUCAAAUACAUCGGUCGAAAGGGAACGAUGGCCGGCUCAACCUUGAUCACCGGGAUCUUGUUGUUCUGCUUCACAGCCUCCAAGGAUCCUAAUGUUCAGUUGGUUUGCUCCUCGCUCGAGUCCUUUUUCCAGAUGAUCAUGUAUGGUGUUUUGUAUGCCUACACGCCUGAGGUAUUCCCUGCUCCCAACCGUGGCACAGGGUCAGGCAUUGCUAGCUGCUUGAACCGAAUUGCAGGUCUCAUGGCCCCAAUCAUCGGAAUUUAUGCCAGCACUGAUCCAGUUGCACCCAUCUAUGCAGCAGGCGCAUUGAUCUUAGCUUCCUUCGUGGCAAUGUGCUUCCUGCCAAUUGAAACACAGGGUAAGCAAGCGCUCUAG